AUGGCAUUUAUACUACUCUCGAUCUGGGUGCAGCUUGGAAGCUUCUUCUUCCUGUUGUCCGGAUUAAUCGGAGAUCUUCUUCUGAUCCGACUGUUCCUGUACCUCGCAUACGUUAUGCUGCUCACAAAUGCUUUGUUAGGAUCUCCUCUUUGGCCCAAGAUACUAUCUGUUGAUCAAAUCACUUUCUCCGAGGUUGCGAUGGAUUCGUUUGUCUGGGCUAUUCUGAGCCUUUACGUGCAUGGGAGUUCCUUGGUGGCCUUGAUAUGGGACGAACGUGCCCCCAAAUUGACGGACGACGAGGCAGCGUUGUGGAGGAUGAUGUACAGAACUGGAGGACUGAGUGCUCGUCUAUUUCAGGACGUUGUUGCGAGGCAUCUCCAUGUCGUGGAAGUCGAAGCAGGUGAUGUUGUCGACACUGAAAACUUCUUUUUCAUAAUCUAUCGCGGGCGUAUUGAGCUUGAGGUACUGGAAGGAAAGAAGUUUUCUCAUAGCAGAGUUCUGACUUCUGGGGAAAUGUUUGAUCUGAAAUCUCUUGGCCUUGUCCGUACAGAAUCAAUUUUUGAUAACUCAUCGGUCAGGUGCACAGCUCUUUGUCCCUCAAAAUUGUUUGAAAUCAGAAAAGAAAAUCUCGCAAAGAUCGCUCAGAAUCCAUUGUCUAAGAGUCUCUUUCAAGCUCUGCUUAUCAACAAUUUGAUGUAUAUCGUGGAAUCCUACCGAGAAAUAAAUCACACAAGGAGCGAAGACGACAACUACUGCAGCAAAAUAUUUGACCCACUGGAGGAAUGGGAGCAGCCAGAAUCCUACAGAUCAGGUUCAGGGAAAGCCUUGCAAAGACCACUGCGGCAUAUCUGGAAGGGCAUACGAGGAUCCUUUGGAUUGCCAUGGCCGUUUUCGCGGCACCCGGUAGGUCUUCGCCAGACACAAUUGCCGCCGCCGUUGCGACGGGACGAGUACCAGAAACCUCUGUGA